AUGCCAACCACCGACCUGCUAAAGACGUUUGGCCUGUCGAGGAAUCCAUUUACAGACCGAACUGCUGAGAAAACCAAUCUUGACUCAACUAGCCUUUACAUCCACUCCGAUUUGCGCGGCCUGAAGCCCAGCGAUACAACGUACAUCUUUUUUGGGCGGAGAGGUAGCGGCAAGACCACGAUUCGUCUGCAGCUGGAGGAUGCUUACAGGCGCUACAACGAGGAGGCGGCCGCGAACGGAACCAAGGGCCAUUUCGUCGUGGACAUGUGUCGGCCGGGGCACCUGACCGCCUGCCUAAGCACCUUUAUGGAGACGUUGCAGGCCAGCACCGAUAACUGGGACGCCACCUUCUCGGACGCCUGGACCACAGCCGACCUCGUGGACUGCAUCCUCAGCUACUCCGCGACAGAGCUAGUGAAAAAGUUCACGAAGCCCAACAGUGACGAGGCUCGUCACAUGCAGGAGGUCCUACGCGGGGACGUUCGCGCCUCCCGGCAGUUCCUGCUGCUCACGCACCUGUACGCUCGUACGGACACUGCCACACUGAAACACGUGCGGGCUGUGCUGAUGAGGCCCAGUUACACGGCGGCGCAGGUUACUGUGGGCGCAGUCAGCACCAUCACCGCCACCGGCGGCGUGGUGGCGGCGGCACGGCAGCCCGCCGUCAGCGGUGCCGUAUACGAGUACGGCGGUGCGGGUUGGGACUGGUUGUGUGACCACGUGCCGUUGCUGAGGUCUCAUCCCAAGCUGCUGGGGGCGGCGGCGCUGGGGACGACGGCGGUGGGGGCUUGGUACUACGUCAGGUGGCAGCGGCUCCGUUCCCUGGACCGCGCCGCCUCCCUGCAGCGCAACGUCCGUGUGGUGAAGCCGCAGCCCCUGGAGCUUCUGGCGGGACUGCUGGACCAGCUGUUCACGUCGCAGAAACUGGAGCUGCUGGCGGGUCUGGUGCGCCUGCUCGGGUACGAGGCGGUGGCCGUGUUUGGGGACUGCUUCGACGAGGUGACGCUGCUGGACCCGGUGCGUUUCCCUGGAGCAAUCAAGGCCUUUGCCAGGGAGGUGUGCAGGAAUGACAUUCUCAACUUCGGUCGGCUCCACUUUUUCUUCCCGGACUCGCGAUUAGCUCUGGACCUCAAUACGGACCGGACUUUGAAAGAGUUGUCUGUUCGCCUGUUUGUCCGUAUGUAUGUCCGUCGGUCUAUACGCGGGGUCGAUGUUGUGUCGGUAGCUGCUGCUUACUGA